AUGCCUGGUUUCAUCGGGAAGGUAGUGAAACCACAAACAAAAAAGAAAUCUAUUUUUGCAAGUCUGAAGUCUCUUUUUGAAAUUCAACGGAACAAAGUAGUAGCGGAUAAUAAAAAGGAAAAAGUGAAAAAACUGGACUAUAAUAAUAAUAAUCUGUUGGUUCCUGGCGGUUUUUACACUGGAGAUUAUGCUACACCUUUACAACCUAUCGAAGUAGUUAAUUCGAUCAAGAAUGAUACUGUUGUUAAUAAUAUGGACCAUGGUCACGAAAAUGAUAGUUAUGCUUCUAUACAUGAAGAUCCAGACACUUCUAAUGCAAAAUUAGCCAAAUUUUUCCAAGAAAAGGGGAAGGAACCUCUAUCUGAGAUUGAGCUUGAAGGUGUUUUAUCACUGAUCAACAAAUCCAGAAAAGUUUUGGUCAAAAAAGGGGAAGAGGCAAUUAACAACCAUUCAGCAAUGCUUUGUGAUAAUAAAAGUGCAGUACUAUCAUCAACCCGCAGAUCCUCUGAAGUGCCAGAGUUUACCCCGAAUUACGAUCCUAAUCUCAAGCAUGUGCAGUCUUUACCAUACAAGAAGAGAAUAUUUGAUUUUUCGGUAGUUGCUUCUCCAUAUAAAUUAAAUGGUAUUUAUCAACCAAAAAUAACAGAGAACACAAGUGAGGAACAGGAAAAAACUGAGGUUAAAGGGAAAAAACUAAGUAACACAGCGACAGCGUUAAUCAACCUGCUUUCUGAAAGCGAAGAACCGUCUUUAAAGCUUCAAAGAGAUGAUUCCAUGUCUAAUCCCUACAAAUCUUUUCUACCUAAGGUGGUUGCCACUAAAGAUGCAAGCGGCUGUAUCGAGGAACAGAAAAAUAAGAAUCUGUUGUAUAAGAACAAACAUAUGAGGUCUUCUUCUCCGGGCGAAAAAGCUUCAAGACUUGAAGAGAACUCAAAACUUGAAAAAGAUGAGCAAUCUUUUAUUAAAGACAAAACCGAGACUGCGUUGGCUCCAAACAAAUCCAAAUUUAGUUUUUCAUUUAAUAGUACUACGCAAUCUCUUCCGAAGAACACUGUAGCAAACAAUGUGUUAAAGGGCCCAAAUGAGAAUAUUAAAGCCGGUACACUCGAUGGAAAUUCAAAGGUACAGAAUGGAUCUGCCAUCAUUACAAAAGAAAAGAAGGAAGAGACUGAAACUUGUUACAAUUACGAUUUUCCAACGCCAUCACUGUUCCCUGGUUGUGCACUUGAUUCUAGUGUUGAUGAAGCAAAAGUAGAAUUGUUUAAACGGUCAUUUGUAUUCUAA